GGUGCUUAUCAGUGUAUAUUUUGUACCAAGUCACCUAUGACGUAUCUUCCAUACUGUACAAAGGAUGUACUUUGUGAGCUAUUUCAUGGAUCAAGUUACGGUCAAUACCGACUGACAAAAACAGGUCAGACUUAUAUUAGCGAGCCAGUUUGGUACAUCUUGAAAACAAAGCACAGUAUCUGAACUGUAAUAACCUGGAUAUUUUGUGACUGUAAAAGUGGGCUGUGCAAACAGACACGGCAGGCUGGGUUGACGCUCGGUCAAUAACGCUAUAAAGAAGCAGGUCAGAUGUAGGAAAACAAGUCAGGCAUGAUUGACUGUGCCUAUAAAAUGCUGGAGUCAAAGUGUUAGGUUCCCAUAAAACACAAGGCUGGACCUGAGAAGCUACAAGUGGUUUUUCUAACCACAGGCUAACAGUGCAGCCCCUGUAAGCCAGACAAGAGCAGCAUACAAGGAGAACUGCAGCAUAUUUCUUCUAGUCUACAUCCACAGACAAGGCCAGACUGUGUACGACAAGGCCAUACUGUGUAAGGACAGCGCUAAGAGGAUCUCCUGAAGACGAUCCGACACAAACAUUCAACAGACGGGAACUAGUCAAACAUUGAGUUUGCCUGGCACCCAACAACAGGUACGGGGAGUUUGCAAGACUGCCAAACUGCAGGGUUUGCAACAGUAACUUCGCUGCUGGACAACAAGUGGCAAGGAGCAACAGGUUCAAGUUUUUCCUCUACUAGAACAUACUAAAGGCCAGUACAAGAACAGUGUACAGAGCAAUUCCAAGUCCUUGCAAAGGUAAAUUGAGAGGUUUGAAAACAACAAGAUGGCUUCGGACACCUGUACUGAUGACCUUGGUUGUGAUGACUGUGACGCCACAUACUACAGCAUUCUUGCUGACAUACAGAAAACUGUGGGUGAGGUGGAAGGAACACUGUUGGAAGGUGACAACAAUGUAGACGCUACUGAAGUGAAACAGGAGUUAAGAGAGACCACUAUUGUUUCGGAAACAAUAGUUACAAACUACAGCACCCAGGUGACAGUUACCACUACCCAAGCUGAGAAACACCUGCAAAUUUCAGCUACUGAACCACCCGACACCACAGAGCCUGAAGGAGACUUCGCAGCAGAAACGGGAGGUACGCCCGACAUUCCUCCGAGGUGCAUCAUCACUACAGUUACCAAGACCAUGACUUCUGAUGACGGCCGUGAAGUGACAAGCACUGAGGUCUCUACACAAGAACAGCCUAACAGUCUGGGUGAGGAAGAAGCUCAUCUCAAAGUUAGUCUUUCUGCAACAAAGGAGAUUGAGGAGAAUACUACAAUGAUGCAGGAAAUUUUGUCUACCUUGGCAAAGAAAGAAGAGGAGAAAAAGCAAGAAAACUGCAUGGUUGAGACAGAAGAAGUGGAGGAACAAGAAGUUGAGAAAGAAGGAGGAGAAGAGAGAAAAGCAAACUUAAACGGAAAUUCAAUUGAGCAAAAAGUGUUGAAGGAAGAAGAGGGGGUAGACAAUGUGGAGAAAGAAGACGUGGAGGAAGAAGAUAUAAAACAAGAUGCAGUGGAGACAGCAUUGAAAGAAAGAGAUGCACAAGAAAGUGAGGUUGACAAUGGAAGAGUGGAAGAAAGUGAAGAGGAGGAAAGGGAAGUGGACAAUGAAGUGGUGAUGAGAGCAGAGGCAGAAAAUGAGGAGAAAGAAGUGGCGGAGCAGACAGGAGAGGAGGAAAAUAAAGAGGAGGAAGAAGGAGUGAAUGAAGAAGAGAAGGACAAUGAAGUAACAAAAGGAAUGGAGGAAGGAAAGGUAGAGGAGGACAAUGAGGUUGAGAAAGAAGUGGAUGAAGGGAAUAUGGAGGAUAAUGAAGUGGAGGAAGAAGAUGUAAAGGAAGAAGAGGAAAAGGAAGUGGAGGAAGAAGGAGUGAAGGAAGAGAAAGACGGGGAGAGCAUAGUGGAGGAGAAGGGAGAGGAGGACGAGCAACAAGAGGAAUGUGAGGUUAAGGGAGAAGAAGUGGAAGAAGCACAAGUAAAGGAAAAUGCUGUGGAGGAAGAAGUAGAGGAAGGAGAUGAAGUGGAGGCAACAGAGAAGGCAGAAAAUGCGGAAGACAAAGAUGAGAAAGAGAUGGUAGAGAAAAAGGAGAAAGAAGGGGAGGAUAAAAGUGCAGAUGGGAAAGACGUCAUAGAGGGGGGUACAGUGGAAGAAGACGAAAAGCUGGAAGAUGAGGAGGAGGGAGAAGCGAAGAAUGAGACAGAUUUAAAUGAUGGAGAUGAUGUAGAAGAAGUAGUGGAAGUACAAGUAGAGAAAAAUGCAGUGGAGGAAGAAGUAGAUGAGGGAGAUGAAGUGGAGACAGAAGAGAAGGCAGAAAAUACAGAAGUUGAAGAUGAGAACGAGGUGGCAGAGGGAGAGGAGAAAGAAAAAGUGGAGAAAAAUGCUGAGGAGAAAAAUGCAGUUGAGAAAGAUGUCAUGGAGGAGGGCACAGUUGAAGAAGAAAAGCUGGAACAUAAGGAGGAGGGAGAAGAGGAGAAUGAGGUUGAUCUGGAGGAUGGAGAUGAUGAGCCAAUUACCCACAUCAAACCAUCGGACGAAGAAUCAGAGGACAGCACUGAAAAGACUGCACUAGGUGCUCAAGAAGAGACAAUUGACAAAGACAUCACAUCAGAACUAACAGAGUUGGAGAUCCAUGUAGCUAUCCCAGAUGAAGUUUCAGAUACUGCAUCUCCAACCAGUGACAAGGGGACCCAAUAUCCGCCUAACAAGGCAUUGUUCACAUUCCCUGAUGACAUACCUUACAUCGAUGGUGCAGAAUCAGGGGAAGAACCAGAGGACAAGACAGAGGCAAAGAAAGAACCAAUCACACAGGCAAGGAAAGAGUCAGGUGAUGGCACAAAGACAGAAACAGUCUUUGCAUUGGAGGAAGCAAAUGCAAAGGACACUGACAAUGAAGACACAAACAAACCUGAUGAUACUGCAAUGAUGGAUGAGAUCAUGGCUGCAUUAGGCAGAAAGAAAGAGGAAGAAGCAAAGAGGAAGAAAGAGAAGGACGAAGGAGAAGAAGACAACAAGGAAAGGGAGAAAGAAGAUGACAAAGGUGCAAAGGGGAAGGACUUGGAUGCUGAUGACCAAAAGGAUGCUGAUGAUGAAAAGGAUGGCAAAACUGCAAAACCCAAAGAUGAGGAGGGAGAAAACGUAGAGAAGCCAGAAGAGGAAGAGAAGAAAAAGAAGAAAAGGCCAAAGCUGCUGAGGUGCAUGCUGCCCUGUGUGUAUCCACGGAAGGGGAAGAAAGCCUGACUGUAAAUAUCAGCACUUCAAGAGAAUGGCAACAUACCAAAAACACUGAUUGUACCAAAGAACUGGCCUGGACCACUUUAAAACAAUCCUACAAUUAAUGCAUGAUCUGAUGACGAUGAUGAUGAUACCAUCACUAUUUGUUCUUUCAAAGCAACAUCUCAAAUUAGUAUGUAAUGUGUCAAAUAUUGUUUCUGCCUUUAUAACAUGGACAGAUUAUUUUAUAAAGAAAAGCAAACUUUUAGUCUACAUUAGUGUGUGAAGUUAACAAUAUUUUUUGUUUGUUCAAAGUAGAGAAGAUUGACAAAAACAAUCAUUAGGUUGACUUUUAAUUAGUGACCAAUUCUGAUUCCAUUUUUUAAGCUUCAUCGUACAUGUACAUAUAAUAAGAGUACAAAUCAAAAAGCUGCCAAGCAGUAGUCAAAUGAUUAUCCAGUAAUAAUCAAUGAUUAAAUUCUACUUUUGUGUUUUGACUACCUUUCAAAAUAAAACAGCUGUUGUGUGGCUAAACAUGUA